AUGGAUGCAUCGUCUGCCGGCAUUCCCCGCUUUUCCCCCACUCUCCUGGUGGUGAUGACGGAAAAGACGGCAAAAGAGAUUAUACGUAGGGUCAAUCAUGGUAUUCCUGGAACUUUACCGAAUCAAGGCACGUCACAGGUCUUUACCCAUGUGGACGAUCCACAUAAGUCAAUCGCAGAAUUGAUUAAACAGGGCAAAAGGCUGUACGUUAAGAGUAACUCACAAAGCAAACACCAGCAUUCGAGCAAGAAUGCGAACACGUUACCGACUUCGUUUACAAAAAGGCCAAUACCAAUGAAAUCUCGUGGUUCAUCAGCGGAUCAUUCUCGAGAAGGCUCCAGUGAUGACGGAAGUGGACGCUAUACACUGAGUCCAACAGUACAUUCUCAGCAACAUUCUUCUCAGCAAAAUCUCCCAAGUCCGUAUCAAAAUCCGUUUCAUGCACGUCAAGGUUCUGCUCCAGCAAUUAUGAAUAGUCCCGCAGCAUACGAACGACAAAUACCAACGCCUGUACACGCACCAUCUAAGUCACUAAGUGUUAUGACAAUGACACGUGUUGAUGAUCAGUUCAAUAUGCCUUCACAUCGAAGCGCUAAAAGUUGUGAUCUAAAUGUUACCAACCAUUUGGAUAUUUCUUAUCCAACUGAUACCAAUGUUAUUCAUCCAAAUCGAAUGGCAUAUAUGAACGACCCUCGUCCAAAAAGUCAAUCCUUAGACCCGUUGGCAGUUGGUAUGUCAGAAUCUGCACAACUUGCUCCUGCACAACCAGUUGUUCCCAACAAAAUGCAAUCUCCAUCACAUAACAUUCCGGUUUUGGAACAAGACCUUCCACCAUUACCCGAUGGAUGGGCUAAAUCGUAUGACGCCAAUGGUGAUCCAUAUUUUAUUGAUCAUAAUUCACAGACAACUACAUGGUAUGAUCCACGAAUAAAGAAAGAAUUGCAAGAGGAAGCAAUUCGUCAAAGACACGCUUGUAAUCGACAAAAUAUGAUCAAACGGGAUGUUUAUAGCGAAUAUCAACAGGUAAUUGCUGGUGAUGAUGAUAAUAAUAAUGAUUUAUAUACAUCUAUUAUGGUUUACAGCAAGACAGAUGCGCAUCCGUCUUUGGUGGAACGUCUACAGAUGGAGCGAAGUUAUAUGCAGGAAAGACAACAGCAACUAUGCAGAGAGAUUCUACUUGCUUUCAAAAUUUUAGAACUAUAUAUUGGGCAACUGAAAGUGUUGCUCGGUUCUGUUUACAAUCCCAAAAUGUACAUUAACGACAGUCAGACAAUAGUAGCCAGAUUAAUCUAA